AUGCUGUCUGAGCGCGAGCUUCUGCUUGAGCUGGUCAAGCAGGGCAACAGGACUCUGAGCAUGAUUGAGGAUCUCCAGCACGAUGCUGAAGAGAGUAAGGCCGCCGACAUGCGCCAAGAUGCCCAGCUCGCCCAGCUCGUCGCGACUGCCAAGCGCAACGCCCAGGAUCUUGCCGACCUUUGCUUUGAGGUCGCCAACCUGGCUGAGGCCGGCGCCGGCUUGUCGCUGUCAAAGCAAGCUGCUCCUCACAUCCCUGGCGAGACCAAGAGGGCCUUCACCAAGGUGCUGCGGCAUAUCAUGGGCGUGACGGAGGGCACAAUUCCUCUCUACAAGCCCUUUGAACCCGAGCACUUCACCUUGAGCCACAACGUUGCUCUGUUCGAACACAUUAGGGACAAGCUGAAAAAUGAGCCUUUCACCCUUAUGCCUCUUUGCAUCGACUGGCAGACUUACGAGUACAACGACGAGAUCAAGGACGCGCUUGUGGAGUGGGCAGGCGAGCGGAUCGAUGGCCACUGUCGCGAGUAUGGCGUGGCGGACAACAUCCCGCUCAACGUGAUCAAGGAGGGACGCCGCUUUUCGAUGCGCAGCCACCGCCGUCAUUCUAGGGCAGACCCGAAGAAGGCAGCAAAGGAGAAGAAGCGUCAGAACCUGGUCAAGUACAAGCAGCGGCGCAAGGACCUGUCGAUCACCAGGAAGGAGGCGAUCAAGCAGAUGAUCGACCACGACCCAAAGGACGACCCGCGCAAGGACUCGCUUCAGCAGGACAUUGUCAGCGACGAGCUCUCUGUCAACGACGAUGACGCUGGCAGCAACGCUGAUGACGAGGAGGAUGGAGAGGCAGGAGAGGGCUUGAGUCAUCCAGUUGCCCGCCUGGGGCAGCAAGGAGCGCGCGGAGACAAUGGCCAAGUGUGA